GUUUCUGAGGGAAGGCUGCGGCCCUGAGGAACCGUAGGCACAGGCGGCCAAGCGUUUGGCACUAAGCCCCGCCCAGGGCCGGGCUUUCUCUCCAAUAACGAGACAGCCUGAGAUGUCCAUUAUUAUCUGCCCCUCAAACCUGGCCCGGCAACUGUGGCGGUGCCAUGAAGAUUGACAUAUAGCAAGCCAAUUAAGUUGAAGUAGAGCGGGGAAUUGACAACCUCUGAUAGACGGAAUAGGGAGAUUGCACAAGGAGAUUUGGACAACAAGGACUCAUGAAGGACAGCACAUGUCAAGGCUGGGGAGAAGAAGAGGAGCCAAGAAGGAGCAGCCAGGGAGUAUACAUUUGUGAUCCAGAAAUACAUUCAGCAUGAGGAACUGCUACCGAAGUAAGACAGCAAAUCAACAAUCUAAGUUUCUUCAUCAAGAAAUUAGAAAACAAAGACCAAAAUCAAACCAAAACAAGCCUGAGGAAGGAACUAAUGAAGGUGAUGAAGGGCUGGUACCUGGUGGCCCCAGACAUUCUCUAAAAAGCUUUGGAUACCGACUGCCUGAAUUCAAGUGCUUUGCAGGGUGUCAGGACAAAGGUCUCAUCUCCCUGGUCCUGCAGCUGCUUGCCCUCAUUCUCUUCGCUGGGCUCCUGGUGGCCAUCCUUGCCCAAGUCUCCAAGGUCCCCAGCAGUGAGGAGAGGAAGAAGGAGAAGUCAAACCAGGAGAAAAUGUAUCAGGAACUGAACCAGCUGAAGACUGGAUUUGACUGUCUGUGCCGUCCCUGCCCCUGGGACUGGACAUUCUUCCAAAGAAAGUGCUACUUCUUCUCCAGGUCCCAACGGGACUGGCGUGACUCCAUCACCACUUGCCAGGAAGUGGGGGCUCAACUCGUCAUUGUGGAAAAUGCUGAAGAGCAGAGCUUCCUGCAGCAGACUUCGAAGAGUAAAGGCUACGCCUGGAUGGGACUCUCAGACCUGAACAAGGAAUCCGAGUGGCACUGGGUGGAUGGUUCACCUCUGUCGCUCAGCCUUGUUCGGUACUGGAACAAAGGGCAGCCCAACAACUAUGAGGAACAAGACUGUGUGGAAUUUUGAGAUGAUGGCUGGAAUGAUGCCAAGUGUGAUCUCCAGAAAUUCUGGAUCUGCAAAAAGCCCGGCACUUCAUGCUCCACUGAGUGACAACCAGUUCCCCUCUGCAGGGGGAACUGAGCCGCCUGCGCAGCCUGCCCAGUGGCAGAGCUGUACUCACGUUUAUUCCAGUUCCUUCUCCCGCUCUGGAUACUGAAUUUGAACAAUGGCUCCGGGAUCCUUCUCUGUCACACUCCUCAUCCCCAGUGAGGCUGGGCCACUUCAGUCCUCUCUGGUGUCUCCAGGUUCCUCCCUGAUUUAGUGACUGUGGUUUGGAUUCAUCUCUGUAGUUUAAUACAGUGACAAAGUGUGAGAUCCAUCCAGAGGCUGGGUGUGUUUUGUUCAUCUACUUUGUCUUCCUUGAUGACAUCACAGGGUUUGCAUUGCCAAGUGUAGCUUCUGUCAUGUCCCUUGGGGCUUUAUCCUAUCCUUGCUUGCUUUCCUUCCACCUGCUCAACUCUCGUCCCUGGGACCCUUUGCCUAGGAACUUUCCCUGGUUUCUGUGGCUCAUCCUGCAGGCUGAAAAUACUAAGGAACUGAUUCCCCUGGUCAAUCAAUGACUCUGUGUAUUGGUAGACAAAUACCCCAGCUCCUUGCUCUCUUGGUGAUUCUGUGGUGGUCCCGAGGUGGGCUCCCAGAACUCUCUGCAAGGAAGGACAAGUUUCUCCAGCUGCUACAAUGUCUUAGGGAAGCAGCUGUCCCCUGUGAAUCCUUCCUGCCUAGACUGCUGCAGGGAGCUGCCUUCGCCAAGGUCAGGCUCCUUCUUGGUGCAACUCACAGGAGUGCAGGAUGACAAAGACUGGGCCAUGUUGGGCCAGAA